AUGAAGGUGGAACACAAACUCAAUGGGUUAAAUGAGCUUGAUGAGUUUCACCUAAAAGAAUAUGAAAGUUCAGCUAUCUACAAAGAGAAUAUGAAGAAGUACCACCACCAAAACAUUGAAAAGCAAGAAUUUGCGACUGGGGACUUGGUACUUCUAUUCAACUCUAGGCUACGCUUGUUUCUGGGAAAACUCAAAUCCAACUGGAUGGGAACAUUCCAUAUCAUUUUAGUAUUUCCACAUGGAUCUGUUGAGUUAGAGAAUAAGGAGGGUGCAAAGUUCACGGUCAAUGGGCAAAGGAACAAGAUCUACCUAGGGCAUGCGGAGAAUGUCCAUUAUGGGGAUGAGGCAUAUCACCUUGAUGAAUUCUGA